AUGACUCGACAAAUAAAUAACCCACGGAAUACUCAACAGAUGGACGAGGCGACAUUGGCCAACAUUAGGGAUCUAUUGGCCAACAUUAGGGAUCAAUUAGCUCAACUUGCGAAUCGAAUGGACGCUUCUGAGGCACGAGCAGAGAUGCAGAUGCUUACUACGCAACUAAGGAAUCUGUCUGUGCAGCAAUCGAAUCCGUCUCUGCAACGAACGAUUCCGUCUCUGCUACAAACGAAUCUGGAUCUGCAGCAAAAAAUGCAAAAUCCGAAUCUGUCUCUGCAACGAACGAAUCCUUCUCUAGAACAGUGGAAUAUAGCUCUGCAGCAGCAAAGGAAUAUGGCUCAGGCCCAACAACGGCGCAGAGCAGCUCUGAGAAUAAACCAAGACCGCAGAGCUCAGAACACUAUUACCUUGCAUGGCCACCGUCUUAUGGCUACAGCUACACCUGGACGUCUAGCUCCAUUGGUUAGCCUGAGCACCGAGCGAGAGAUUGAAGGGUUUCCUGCGACUUUUGAUGAUAUUGCUCAGAUUAAUGGCAAAAUCCUCGCAGCUCUCGAAGUCGCUACCGAUGGAUUGAGCACGGCCGAGAUGCGGGACAAGAUUCGCUCCCAGGUACACUAUGGCUAG